AUGGAACCAGGGAGGCUGUGCUCAGAGUCAUCGAGCGAAGAAAGUGAUCCGUUUGAGCAACUGAAGGAGGAAGGGAGCGUCAAACGGUCCUACGAAUGCACGUUUUGCAAGCGGGGCUUCACAAACGCCCAAGCUCUGGGCGGUCACAUGAACAUCCACCGGAAAGAUAGAGCCAAAGGAAAGCAAGCUCCAAGUGCUGCUCCCAAUAUGCGGAAGAUCUAUGAUCCUUAUGUUAUCGCAUCUAAUCAUUUCGGAUCGAAAUCGGGCCAAGGCAAAGAUGACGAAGCACAAAGAAGUUAUAGUCACCAGGGUCUGCAAACAUCUGCUAUGAACCCUAGAAAUUAUCUGGAAAGCUUGCACUCUUUGCAAAGAGGAGAUGACAUUAUAUGGGAUGCUAGCCUUAGCCUGCAAAUCGGCCCAUCAAACAUGGAGCGUACCGGUGAAGUGAAGCAAGAUGAGAAUCGGGAGGAAGUUGAUCUGGAGCUCCGACUCGGCCGCGACCCCUAA